CCGAUCUGAUGGGGCGGGAGCUCGGAACACGGAACCUGCCUCCCAAUGGAUUGCUUGGAAGAACAGCGGUUCUUGUCAUUGAAAAAUGGAUGGGUAGGUUACGAUGAUUGCUACACAUUUUAGUUCGCCAGUAAGAUGGCUUGUGUUUCAAGGAUGUCGCGGUAAUGACGAGCCACCGGAGGAUCCGUUGAUGAUCAAGCAGACUUACAUCAUUAACACAACAGGGCCCAAGAGCUCUUUCCUCGCAUAAAACACACACUAAGCACCCGAGAUUCGCUUUCAUCUGUAUGCGUGUUCUGCUAAGGCGCUGCAGAGCAUUGCAACUGCUUUGGACGAGGAUUGACCCCCCUCAUUCACGCCGCAGAUCCCCUCACUCCGGCUCUUCUAGAGGCGGUCAAGUGCAGCAGACCGGGGGCCGGGGGCUGGCACACGGGGGAUGAGGUGCUCGCCGUGCAUCUGCUCGGCUGCGCGGACAGCGUCGACAAAGGCACCGCGCUCAUCAGCAGCAGCAGCAGCGGCACCCUCGAGUAACCCUAACACAUCGCUGAUCCUGCUGCAGGAAUUUAUACCCGAGUCGCUCCCUCGCGUGCUGCGGACGCAGAUCGGCCACCAUCUCCAACGCCCGACCAGGCAACAGCUGUUCGACCUUCUCGCCGACCUGCCGCGCGAUGGCAUAGGCCAGAAGGUCUGGCAGCCGCGCUGGGAGAACACAAGCGAGAAGCAAGUCUUUGAGAAUGCUCACAAGUUUUCCUUUCUGCCCAAAAGCUUCUUGAAAACGCAACGACGGCUCGGCCUCACGACUUCAUGCGAGAGGGGGAUACGGUACUGGAAGGUGACGCGUACCUCGCUGACCAAGGACCCAGAGCAGAGAAAGGCGUGGGGUUACCUCUACUGGGAUGACCAACUUGUCGCGCCCAAAGAAAUGGAGAUUAAGGAUGGGGGGCAGGGAUGGGCCAUGUUCAAAGGCAAGGAACAUCCCGAACAGUGAUGUCGAACCACACAUCUUGCGGGCUGAUGAGCGGCCCACAGAAGGUAGACCCCGAGCAUCGAUCGCACUUCUUUGCAGUGGGCAUUCGACCCAAGUAAGCACAGACUUUAUGACGCGUGCCGUCGCGGCGCCUCGCGGGACCGCUAUGUAUUUCUAUCACUCUAUCCAAUAUACUCUGCAUUUCAGGA